AACGAGAAUGACUUCAAAUGUGAAAUGUCAAAUAAGUGAAUAAAUCAUAUACUGUUGCUCAUAUUGCCCCUCAUAUGAAGAUGACUAGUAGAUGAAUUUUUGAAAAUGAUUCAAUACAUAACAGAAUAGAAUAAUGGGGACGAUGAAGAAAUUAGCAAGAAAGUUCAACAAAUCCCUCCGAAAUUCAAACGACGAUGAUCUCUCUCUUCCCACCGUCGACGAAGAUCGCCCAAUCGAUACUCAAGAGCAAGAAGAAUUGGUUCGAUCCCUUGAAAAAUUACACUCCCAACAAAGCAGAUUAUGGAGGAGUGUAUUUGCUGUAUUGAUGUCGUGUUACAUAGCAUUUCUUCUGUUCUCCAUAUUCAAUCAGGUUGCUCAUCCUUGGGACUUGCGCUACCAUGCUUACUUCAUGGAGGACAUUGGUUCACGGCUUAUCAUACUUUGUGAUUGGCUAGCAGUUAUCGCGUGUACAACAGCCAUUCUAGGGCUUAUGAAGAGUUCAGAACGCCACAGACAGUGGAUUUGGUACGCUGUCUUUGGUGGGAUACUACUUGCUGUCUUCUGGCUCUAUUAUAUGCUUAAUUCAUUUAUGUACUGUAGAUUGCCAAAAUUUCGGUGGGAUGUCAUUUGGCUUCCAUUUGGUCCUUUAAGUGGAGCUGGAAUUUGCCUUUAUGUGGACCAUCUUCUUCAUGAAUCGUCUGAAGAAGUUCGAAAGCUUAGAAGCUACAUGUAUGCUUACAAAGCAAGCUAAAUUCCUCUUUAUCAUGACUUUCUCCUUGAUCCCCUGAGUUGUGUUGAACUGAUCUGGGGCUCUUAAUCAGAAAGAUGUUAAUUUUGAAGCCUACUUAUCGAGAGAAGGCUAGGAUUUUUGUGAGGGCAGGGGGUGUAGCUUUUUUUUUUUUUUUUUUUUUUCUUUCUUUUUUUUAAAUUGCUCAUCUGCAUGUAGUUUUGUUGUUUGUUCACUUUGCUAUGAGUCAAAUGUAACAUACAGAUUGAAGAGUUGCAAGCUGAUUUUUUUUUGCCAGCUUUUCCUCUCUUUCUUUACACUACCACAUUGUGCAUGGAUAGUUAUUUCAACAGCAUUUUUGCUAUCAGCGGCCUGGCUCUGUUCUUUUUUGGUACCAUUGGCUUGUUUUUUAAUGCAAUUGUUCUUGUCUGUUAAUUCUCA